AUGUCUGCAUAUACCACACCCAUUCCUCUUAGCGGACGAGGCCCAACGGCAAAGCUUGUGCGCCAAACAGGGAUUCCAAAAUCCAGUAAGGAUGACGAGACCAAGGCCAUUGACAUUGUAGCUGUCCACGGCCUGACCCCCUGGGAGUCCUACACUGGCCCUUCCUUCUGGCUGCGCGAUUUCAUUGCAAAGGACAUUCGUGGGGCCCGAGUGUUUACGUUUGAUUACGACGUCAAGGCAGUCUGGUUAUGCGAGGCACCACUGGAGGGCAUACAGGGCGCGACCAGGGCUCUGCUUGCUCAAAUCGCUGCUAUUCGGGAAGAUGUCCCAUCGAAACGGCCUCUAGUGUUGAUCUGCCAUGGCUUCGGUGGUUUUAUCGUUGAAUCGUGCCUGAAUGAUGCCUUCACACACUUUCCGACUAUAUUCGAUUGCACUUUGGGGGUCAUCUUCCUUAGCACGCCGCAACGCACAUCACCUGAGGUCCCCUGGGCGACGCUUUUGAAGCGUUGCGCGAGCGACGGUUUACCUCUAGGGUGGUCUCAGGUUGAACUGUCAUCUUUGGGAGACCUUAGUUGGGCAGAGAGCAGUGUAGUUGCUCUGCGCGAUAUCUCCGAGGGCUUCAAGGCAAAGGCAAAGGCAACUAAGAAAAUGAAAUUGCUUUUCUGCUACGAAGAUGUUCCGACGCCACCACAACAAGAAUGCAGUUUGAACGAGUAUUGCGCAGCACUUGGUCUUCGCAGGGAGAAGGUCGAGUUGAUGGUGGGAUGCAGUCACCUCUCCAUGGCAAGUUUCCUAAGCAGGAAGGAUGAGAACUACCAAAGGAUUAUCUCUGUCAUCAAGAAGAUGCGAAAUUCGGCAUUAAAAGAUACGGAACCGACUUCUACUUUGGAACUUUCUAAAGCUGGGCGGCAUAAAAGCCUUCAGGAGAUUCAGAACCACCGGGACACUGAGGAAUCUCAGGCCGUGAAUGUACAUGCCCUGAGUACCUUGGUCGUGGGUCAACGGAAUGACAGCUUCCAGAACACAGUUACCAUGACCCACAAUACGCUCAAAAUCACACCAUUAUCGCCGGUGCCGAUGCAUGCAUCUAGUGCUCGUGAAUUAAGCCAUAGCACACUGCCAGGUACUAUGAUCAUGCUCACUCAGCCAGCGCCAGCCUAUGGCUGCACCCAGGAUGCGUCAAGGUCCUCUAUCCAGACUUGUCCCAACACUCCACAACUCACGCAAUUUGGUCCGAGCUUGAUGAAGAUUCCCAGGCGUCCUGUUGGCCUGCCCGCUAGUAAGCCAAUGUUUGUACCGCAUUCUGCGUCUGGUCAACUGGGGCAGGAAAUACAACACUCUCAGUAUCCACUCGCCAACAUUGCGCCAAUCACUGCGCCAGAACCGAACUCCUCUGCCAAGUCAGGUAAGGAGCCCAGAAAGCCACACGAGGCGGGUCCUCUGGGCCCCGCGAAACCAGCAUCGACCCCCGGAAAUGCGGCACCCAAGCUACCAGUAGUCCAUCAACUGGUCGGUAAUAAGGUCAUGCUCUCCGCCUCUCCCAAUAGUUACAGGCCAGAAGAGAAAAUGCAUUACCCAACUGCCCAUGGCAUACCAAUCGGCUCAUCCCAGCAGAUCGCCCCGCAGCCUAGUUCAACGACCUUCCAAUACCCUCCAAUAUCGCAUCCGCUUCCUACCAAUCAUCCUGUGGCCCAUACAACCGCAGCAAUGCCUGUUCAAACCAAGACUCCAAAGAAAGUCGCAAAGCCGCCGAAGUUACACUCAGACGCGCCAACCACCAAACCUCCAAAGCUACCAGGGAUGAAGUCGGUGUCUCAACAGAACCUUCCUCAGAUGAUUGAGCCAGGAGUUAGACCGCCUCCGGUUUUGACUACUGCAGGUGGAAGAACCAUUCCCCAAAUCCAACCAGCGCUUUGUUCAACCGCUGCACAGCAGAGUCUACGAGAACUGCAGCUACAGCCAAGCUUUACUCCACCCCCCAAGAAGCCUGGGAUUUUCAGGAGGUUGCUCUCGGGUGGCAAGGUUUCGCAACCUGCCCCCACCCCAACAGGCUCCAGAGUGCCCUCUGGAUUGCAAGUUGGUCUACACCAGCCACACAACACGUCCAACCCUCCAUUUAGGCCUCCCAGUUUAGGAGCCUCUGAAGUGCUGCCGGGAUCACAAGGUGGUGCAUACCAACAGUCUAAGCCGACCAAGCCGACCAAGCCGUCCAAACCGCCCAAACCGUCCAAGCCUGCAUCCAUGCCUUCGCCUGGGCUGACUAGGUUGAGGGGCCCUGGAGGGCAUCCAGGAUCACAAGGUGGUCAAUACCAGCAGUACAAGCCGCCUAAGCCGUCCAGGCCGACCAGCUUAGGAGUCCAUGGAAUGUAUUCGGGAUCACAAAGUGUUUCAUACCAACCAUACAAACCUCCGCCCCAAGCGUGCUUGCCGCCGUAUGGCCCGCUGAGACCUGCACAAGGCCCACCCAUGCAUGGUCACAGUCCUCAUGGCCAUUCCGGGCCAGGGCAGCAUCAACAAUGGGAUCAUGGCAACCAAUGGGGCCAAGGCCAUGGUUUCUACAAUGGACCAGGUCAAACUCCUAGUCAUGUUACCGAUAAUGGUCUGAUGAUGCCAAUACUUCCAGUUGGGCCUAUAAUUCUAGCUGAGCCAACAGUUCCAGUUGACCCAACAGUUCCAAUUGAGCCUACAGUUCCCGUCGAGCCUACAGUGGCCGUUGAGACUACAGUGUCCAUUGAGACUGCAGUGUCCGUUGAGCCUAUAAUUCCAGCUGAGCCCACCGGGCCCGUCAAGCCGGUAGAACCAGCUGAGCCGACAGUUCCAGUUGAGCCUACAGCUCCAGGUGCGGCUAGCAUACUUGGGGCUCUAGGUCCAGUCAAGCCAACAGGUUCAGGUGUCCCAACAGGUACAGCCGGGGCCACAGGCCCAAUUGAGGUCACAAGCCCGGUCAAGCCAGCAGAUCCAGUUGAGCCAACAGGCCCGCCUACAGGUCCACUUGAAGCUACUGGCCUAUUCACGCCAACGAACCCAGUUCAGCCUGCAGGUCCAGUCAAACCGAUCGGUCCAUUCGAACAUACAGGUCCGCAUGAGCCUACGGGAGGCAGCUUUACUUGUGAUGGAAAUCCUGGACAGCCCUGGAAGCCUGGUUAUAGUCAUGAUCUGGGUCAUCACCCCGAAGGCCAAAAUAGUCAAAGCGGAAAUAUAGCCUCUGGUCUUACAGGUUUAGCUAUAGGAGCGGCUAGUGCAGCUAUUCUGAUGUCCUCUACAAAUCAUCAAGAGGAGGAAGACGAAAGCCAAGAAGAUACUGAUCAAGAGGAGGAAGAUGAAAGUGCAGAAGAUACUGACCAAGAGGAGGAGGAUGAAAGUGCAGAAGAUACUGACCAAGAGGAGGAGGAUGAAAGUGCACAAUAUACUGACCAAGAGGAGGAAGAUGAAAAGGAGGAAGAUGAAAGUGCAGAAGAUACCAACCAAGAGGAGGAAGACGAAAGUGCAGAAGAUACCGACCAAGAGGAGGAAGACGAAAGUGCAGAAGAUACCGAUCAAGAGGAGGAAGACGAAAGUGCAGAAGAUACCGAUCAAGAGGAGGAAGAUGAAAGUGAAGAAGGUACCGAUCAGGAGGAGGACGAAAUUGAAGAAUGUACUGACCAAGAGGAGGAAGACGAAAGUGAAGAAGCCAGUGAUCAAGAAGAGGAAGAUGAAAGUGAAGAAGAUACCGAUCAGGAGGAGGACGAAAUUGAAGAAGAUACAGAUCAGGAAGAGGAUGCUUACAGCUAUGAUGAAGAUGAAGAUGGGUAUGAUAGCUAA